UCAAAGUCAUCUUGUUAAUCAAGGAGUCACCUGCGCUUGAACCCGAUUGGUCGAAGCUUUUUUCUCUCUCUCUCUCCAUCUCUCUGAAGAAAGAAGCCGUCCAUCUUUAUCCACAAGCAGAAAACCCAACAGCUGAGUCCUCCUCUCCCUUCUCUGUACUGCAAUCCUUUUUCUCCUUUAAAAAUAUUAAUUUCAGUAUUAUUUCCCGACAUAAAUUAUUCAUAUUUCCCUUUGCAUUCCUCAUCCUGCAAUUCACGCUACUUGUUUCUGUUUAGAUGUCGUUGUGUUUCCAUUACACUCCUCGGUUCCUUCCCCCCUGCACAAUAAUUUCAUUUUUUUUGCGGCCUCAUGAUUGGUUUCUUGCGUUUCUACAUAUCAUGAUCUUUUGGAAUUUUAUGAUUUUUUUUUUUUUUUGGGGUUCCUGCUGAAGCUUCAAUUCAACCGUCACGAGGGGAAAAAAACAAGCUUAGAUUUACUUCUUGAUUGAGCGAUUGUCAUUUUUCGACACUGGUAAUCCUUCUGGUGCCUAAUAUCAAUUAGUCAUGCCAAAGAAACAUAAGGGUAAGUAAAAAGAAUUUGUUCUUGGCAAUGAUGGGAAAGGUUAGACUGUAGCAGUGGAAGCCAGAACAUUGAAAUUGGAUCAGAAGGGUGUGUCUCAGCAAGAAUCAAGCUGUCAAUGCAAGGACCACAUUGGCUAAUUUACAUUAGUUGGGCAAAGGGAAAUAAGUUCAGGGUUCACUCUCUAUUAUUAACGGGUGGUGAAAUGCUGGAGAGGAAGCCAAAAACCUUGUGUCUUGCAGGGAAAGAGUGCAAGUGUCUACGCUGAGACAUUGACAGAAAUAAAUACUCGCCCUCCUUGAUACUCAGAGGAUUUAUGGCUUGGGGCAGAACAAUAGGAGGCUCGAAUUUUACUACCCUGCGAUGAUGCUAUUUGUUAGAUUAAGGUUUUGAUAUGCUAAAUAAAGCUGUUUUGAAGGGUAGUUAGAGUCCGAAUCUCGUGGUCGUGAAAAGUUUGACAAAUUUUUGUUUGGUGCAUCUUCUAGGAUACUUCUUGUUGGAGGAAGAAGGGAGAUUGAGUGUGAUGUUCAAUGUUUCUUUAAGGAUAUUCUUAACUUUGUCCGCAUUUGAACCUUUAUCUUAUCAAGGAAAAUGUGAAUGUGCUGGCAAACAAGGAUUGCAAAUUGACAGCUGCACUAUUGUGGAUUACUUGCUUGUUUACUAUAGGAAAAAUGAUUUCAACUAUUUGUACCAACAAUUUUUCUAGACUCACUUCAGAGAUGCCAGUUCGGUCACUUGUAGUAUGAUCUUGACGUGAGCUGGAUUUCCAUUGUUUGUGUUGACAUUAUUUGCUGUUAACAAAAUUGGCUUGCCGGUCUGGGAGGCAGAUGUGGAGCUUCAGGUUGAUCAUGAAAGUAUUGAGCCAAAUCGGUCCACUAGGCAAGUCUUAAUUGUACAAGGUUUAUUGUAGCUCAGAACACUUAAAUUUCCUGUUCAAGAAUAUACAAUUCCGCCUCCAAGACUACAUUAUGGCUACGAUUAAGCUGUUGGUCAAUUUCUUAAGUGCAGAGUUUGCUAAUAUUUCUUAUUUUCUGCUGAUGAAGGGAAGUGCAAGUGUCUUCGCUUCCUAUUGGACAUUGAGGGCAGCUGCUAAAAGCUUCACAGAGCAGGGGUUUCAGAGUUGGCAAAUGUCACAAACACGGGGAAGAAAAAUAUGCAUUCUUGAGGAAGCUUCUGCAUAUCUUGGUGAAUGGAGUUCGAUAUUAGGACGGAUUUGCAGACGAAUAUGUGUAUUUCAUUUGCUGCUUUUGAAUUUAUUAGGCAGUGCAAUGAGGUGUUUGGCGACACUUUACCAGUCCCAGCGUCUCAGUAGCCAAGGUGAUUUUGGAACCUUGGAUUUGAGGGCUUUAACACCUUAGCUUUAUGUUGGCGAAAAUACCUCUAUUAUUUCAGACACUAUCAUUGCAAUAGCUCAGGAUAUAGCCUUGCACUGUAGAGUAUAUGCUUGCAAACACCUCUAGUUAGCACAAUUAUAGCACAGCGCAACACGGCAUAUAUCAGCACUAAAAGCUACGGGACUGCCAAAUGAGCUAUCAGUCAUCUUUUCUUUUCUUUUUUGAAACGCACCGAGCUGGUUAGGUGGUGUUUACCCUGUCCCUGGCUUGUGUUUUCUCUUUUUGGGGGUAAACCUUGGCUGAGGUAAAGAAGAAGCUAGCGUUUCACAAGAUGUUGGUGAAAAGAGUACGGUACUUAAGGAGCAAGAAGACCCUUCCUAACUGCAUUUAUUACAGCUGCUAAUAAAAUGGUAACCAACGUGUUUGCCAAAAUAGGAAAAAGUCCAAGAAAGUUUAAAAACUCUAGACUGGCCCAAGCUAUUUAUAUCACACAUCCAUCAGACGCCUCCUUAGGACAUCUCAGGAUCAGCUUCUGCCUCUCUCUCUCUCUCUCUCUCUAUCUCUUUCUCUCUCUCCCUCUCUCUCCCACAGGGUACUUUGUCUUUCAGAAUGUAAGAAAAAAGAAACCCAUGAUUCUCCUCAACCACCGUUUCUCCAAUUACCUUUCCACCUCCACUGAGGAAUCAAAACACACCCAAAAAGGCAUAUUAUGGGUAGAUCUUCAAAGCAAGAGACCAGAGAGGCAAUGGAAAUAGACAAUAAGCCUUGUAAGCUCAAGGAGGAGGCUCAUCUUUCUGGUGCUUAUAUCCGUAGCUUGGUGAAACAAUUGACCUCAUCAAGAACCAAGGAUCCCAUGAGUUCACAGCAGGAUCCAGAAUCUGUUGAUAGCGAUGGUUUCUCUGCCCAAAGUUUAGCCAAGUUUCGAGAGGAUUUCAGUGAAACCCAACAUCAAUCUCAGCAACCUCCACCACCCCACAAAAAGCAGGUCCGGAGGAGACUCCAUACCAGCAGGCCUUACCAAGAAAGGCUCCUGAAUAUGGCUGAGGCUAGGAGAGAGAUUGUCACCGCUCUGAAAUUCCACAGAGCAGCUAUGAAACAAGCCCAAGAGAAGCAGCUACAGCAAGAAAAAGAUCAACUUCAGCAGCAGCAAUCGCCGCCGCUACCGCCGCCGCCAAUUCAUCCACAACCUCAACCGUGUCCUGAAGAAGGAAAGAUAGUGCCCAGAAUGUACCAAAGGAUUAGCCAUUCAUCAAGCCAUGCCUUUUCCUCAAAUUAUGCGGGAAACCUUGCAUACCCCUCCUUCUCAUAUCCUCCACCGCCUCCUGCAAACCCUUUUUCCUCCUGGCCAAUUUCUCCAAUCUCCCCUCUACCUGCUGCUGCCGAGAGCCUGAACUUCAGCCUCCCAAACCAGCCCUUAGGGCUCAAUCUGAAUUUCCAUGAUUUUGACAACCUUGUAGAGACCAAUCUUUACCACAACGGUAACCCACCAUCCAUCUAUGCAGCCUCAUCUCCAUCAUCAUCUUCCUCUCCUCCCUUGUCUGUUGCUGCAGAGGAGUCUCCUCCUUCAGUGGGGGCUUCUUCUUCCAAGGGGCCUCCUAUGGUGGCUGUGGCUGAGGUUGCUGAGUCAGGGUCACCUAGUGGUGGUGGAGGGUUGCAUCAGGUGGUGGCCGAUGAGGAGAUAGCAGAGAUCAGGUCAAUUGGGGAGCAGCACCAGAUGGAGUGGAAUGAUGCCAUGAACCUGGUUACAUCAGCCUGGUGGUUCAAGUGCUUGAAGGAUUUGGACAUUGGACCUGAAGUGAAGGCUGAGGAUGAUGGGUACCAACCCUUUGAUGAGGUCAUGGAGUUCCCUUCCUGGUUGAGUUCAAAUGAGAAUUGCUUGCAGCAACAUCUCAAUGAUUGCUUCUCAGAGGACUAUUACCAAGAUCCUGCCUUACCUUGCAUGGACAUAGGAGAAAUUGAGGGAAUCGAUGGGGAGUGGUUAUCGUGACAAAGAUUGAUUUUUUUUUUGGUUAAUCAAAUCUUUGCUUCUUGCAGAUGCAGAUUUUUCUGAUCAAGUUGCUUCUUUUGUACUUUGUAGUCUGUUUUCUUAGAACUCUUUUCCCUCCUCCCCCACAUUAAUAAGGCUUGCAGAAGAGAGCUGAAGUUGGCAAGCCACCAGAGGAAAAAAUAACUUCUAGGGAAGGAAGUGAAUGUGCUUUUUCCUCUGUCUAGGUUCCAAUUAUUGGGAAAUUUUUGUAGUUUUAAUAUGUAUACAUAUAUUACAUAUAAUUUGUAUAAUUUUUCUUUCUUAUCGACCAGAUAAGUGAUUCCACAUCAUCAUUCCGUA